AUGGCAAAGGUAAUUUUGUGGGAUCACAAUGACAUCUUUCACGUGUCUUCUUUUCAUGAUAUUGGAAAAGGACAGAAUUUUGUGGCCCGUAAUGAUGUGUUGGUAGAGCAGGUUCCUUCUGAAUGCCACGUUCUUGGCUCUUGGGUUGUUUUCCAUGUCAUUUUUCCAUUAUACCUAAGAAGACCCCUUUUUGAGGACUUUCACCGCAGAAUCUGCUUUUCCAAGGGCGUGGUUGGUUGUGAUGUUCCCCCGCAGCAGCGUGUGGCGCUUUGCAUGAUCAAGGCGUUGUUCCACAACCGCAAACGGUUUCAAGCUACACACUCUGUCACUGCGAUUGUCGACCACCUCCGCCAUGGACCUUCGCUUAGGGUUCUUCACUUUGCUAGCUCUGUCACAGGCAAAUUUUCUCUCUCACACCUUUUGCUUCAACUCUCAUUUUUCUUUCCUUCAUUCUUUCCGGACUUUCUUCAUUUGGAAUCAUUGUGCUCAGCUGGUCAUCAUUCCCCAGAUUCAGAGGAUGCAAUUGUUUUUCUAGUUUUAUCUUUGGUAGAAGCCGACAAUUUGUCCACAAGACUUCUUUUGACAUCCAAUGCCAACAAAACGGGGGAAAAACAUUCCGAGGGUUACUGUGCAAUGUAUGACAUUUGUGGAACGCUCAGUGAUGGUAAAGUAGUGAACUGUCCAUAUGGUUCCCCGGCUGUGAAGCAUAAAGAUGAUUUGCUCUCAUCAAAGAUCCAAAGUUUGUGUCCAACAAUUACUGGGAACGUUUGUUGUACAGAAGCUCAGUUUGACACAUUAAAGACACAGCUCCAACAGGUUGAUGGUAAUUUGACAGUGGGUGGAAUUGAAUAUUUAAUAACUGAUGCUUUUGGUGAAGGUUUAUAUGAAUCCUGCAAAGAGGUAAAAUUUGGAACUAUGAAUUCUCGAGCUCUACAAUUCAUUGGUGCUGGUGCUCAAAAUUUUAAAGCAGCCCCUCAUGGUCUUGGUUCACCAUAUGCAAUUACAUUCAGGCCAAAUGCAACCGAAUCAUCUGGCAUGAAACCUAUGAAUGUUUCAACUUAUUCAUGUGGUGAUAUUUCCCUUGGCUGUUCUUGUGGUGACUGUCCUUCAUCUUCAGUAUGCUCCAUUUCAUCUUCAACUACCACCAAUAAGAAGGAUUCAUGCUCUGUGAAAGUUGGGACUUUAAUGGUGAAGUGUGUUGACUUGAGUUUAGCAGUCUUAUACAUUAUACUAAUUUGUGUGUUCUUGGGUUGGGGAUUGUAUCAUCGGAUAAGGGAAAGAAAACCUACUUACGGAACUAAAUCAGUGCCUAAUGUCAUUAGUGAUGGUGCUCCAUAUUCUCGUAAUAGGGAGAAGGAUGAGAACCUCCCAAUGCAGAUUCAUAUGAUGGAAGAUGCCCAAGAAAACAGAAAUGUAGUCCGGCUCUCUGCUGUGCAAGGAUAUAUGACAAAUUUUUACAGGAGAUAUGGAUCAUAUGUAGCUAGACAUCCAAUUAAGGUGUUGGCUUCAUCUCUGGCUAUAGUUCUUCUCCUUUGUCUUGGUCUAAUCCUGUUCAAGGUUGAGACCCGACCUGAGAAGCUUUGGGUAGGCCCUGGGAGCAAAGCAGCCCAAGAGAAGCAGUUUUUUGACAGUCAUCUUGCUCCAUUUUACAGAAUUGAACAGCUCAUACUGGCAACAGUUCCAGAUCAUGUGAAUGGUACAUCACCAGGAAUUGUGUCAGAGGACAACAUUAGGUUUCUGUUUGAAAUACAGAAAAAGGUUGAUGCAAUUCGGGCUAACGAUUCCGGCUCGAUGAUAUCCCUGCAAGACAUCUGUAUGAAGCCACUUGACAAAGAUUGUGCCACUCAAAGUGUCCUGCAGCAUUAUUCCUCAGCAGACCAAUGUAUGAGUGCAUUUAAAGCUCCUCUUGAUCCAACCACUGUAUUGGGAGGAUUUUCUGGGAAUGAUUAUUCUGGGGCAUCUGCAUUCAUUGUGACUUAUCCGGUAAAUAAUGCUGUUGAUAAAGAAGGUAAUGGAACCAGAAAGGCAGUUUCUUGGGAGAAGACCUUUAUUCAGCUGGUGAAGGAUGAGCUUUUACCGAUGGUACAAUCAAGAAAUUUGACACUGGCUUUUUCAUCUGAAAGCUCUAUUGAAGAAGAGUUGAAAAGGGAAAGUACUGCAGAUGCUAUUACUAUACUGGUUAGCUACCUUGUGAUGUUUGCUUAUAUAUCUCUUACUUUAGGGGAUACACUGCAUCCUUCAUUUUUCUACAUUUCAUCGAAGGUGUUGCUUGGUCUUUCAGGAGUAGUUCUUGUUAUGUUAUCUGUCCUUGCAUCGGUUGGAUUUUUUAGUGUGCUUGGUGUAAAAUCUACUUUGAUCAUCAUGGAAGUUAUCCCUUUUCUUGUCCUAGCUGUUGGGGUGGAUAAUAUGUGUAUACUAGUUCAUGCUGUAAAAAGACAACGACUGGAGUUGCCCUUAGAAAGACGAAUAAGCAAUGCACUUGUUGAGGUUGGACCAUCAAUAACAUUGGCCAGUGUAUCGGAGGUUUUAGCAUUUGCAGUUGGGAGUUUUAUUUCCAUGCCUGCAAUCCGUGUGUUCUCCAUGUUUGCUGCAUUGGCUGUUCUUUUGGACUUCCUCCUGCAAGUUACUGCUUUUGUAGCUCUGAUAGUUCUUGACUCUUUGCGAGAAGAGGAUAAGAGGGUUGAUUGUUUUCCAUGCAUAAAAGUAAAUGCGGACCCUCAUAUAGGAAUUGGACAAAGAAAACCUGGCUUAUUGGCUCGAUAUAUGAAGGAGGUUCAUGCUCCCAUUCUGAGUAUUUGGGGAGUAAAAAUAGUUGUCAUAGCUGUUUUUGUGGGAUUUGCAUUCGCUAGCAUUGCAUUGAGCACUAGAGUUGAACCCGGUUUAGAGCAAGAGAUUGUUCUUCCUCGAGAUUCGUAUCUUCAGGGUUAUUUCAAAAACGUUUCAGAAUAUCUCAGAAUUGGACCUCCUUUGUAUUUUGUUGUGAAAAACUACAACUACAGCUCAGAAUCACCUCAUACGAAUCAGCUCUGCUCCAUUAGCCGAUGCAAUUCAGACUCUCUUUUAAAUGAGAUUGCUAAAGCAGCCCUAGCACCAGACACAAGUUAUAUUGCCAAGCCAGCUGCCUCGUGGCUUGAUGAUUUUCUAGUGUGGGUAUCUCCAGAAGCAUUUGGGUGCUGCAGGAAGUUUACAAAUGGGAGUUAUUGCCCUCCAGAUGAUCAGGUCAGAGGGAAUCCUCCUUGCUGUGCUCCUGGGGACGGCUCUUGUGUUUCAGUUGGAACAUGUAAAGAUUGCACGACGUGUUUCCGUCACACAGAUCUCCAGAAUGAUCGUCCAUCUACUAUGCAAUUUAGGGAGAAACUGCCAUGGUUUCUUAGUUCUCUGCCAUCUGCUGAUUGUGCAAAAGGUGGUCAUGGAGCUUACACCAGCAGUGUUGAACUGAAAGGCUACAGCAAUAGCAUUAUUCCAGCCUCGUCAUUUCGUACAUAUCAUACCCCACUUAACAAGCAGAUUGACUACGUUAAUUCUAUGAGGGCUGCUCGAGAGUUCAGUUCAAGAGUUUCUGAUUCUUUGAAGAUUGAGAUCUUUCCAUAUUCAGUGUUCUAUAUGUUUUUUGAGCAAUACCUUCAUAUAUGGAAGACUGCACUGGUCAACCUUGGUAUAGCUAUUGGUGCUGUUUUUAUUGUCUGCUUGGUUAUCACGAGCAGUUUAUGGAGUUCAUCAAUCAUUUUGUUGGUCUUGGCAAUGAUUGUCGUUGAUCUUAUGGGAGUGAUGACCAUUCUGAAUAUCCAGUUGAAUGCUCUCUCAGUGGUCAACCUUGUUAUGUCAGUGGGCAUUGCUGUUGAGUUUUGUGUGCAUAUGACUCAUUCUUUCACUGUAGCAAGUGGAGACAGAGAUGAACGUGCUAAGGAGGCUUUGGGUACAAUGGGCGCUUCGGUGUUCAGUGGCAUCACACUUACAAAGUUGGUUGGAGUUAUUGUUCUUUGCUUCUCAAGAACAGAAGUAUUUGUGAUUUAUUACUUUCGGAUGUACUUGUCGUUGGUGCUUCUUGGUUUCUUGCACGGACUUGUUUUCUUGCCGGUGGUGUUAAGCAUCUUUGGUCCACCUUCAAGAUGUUCAAUCAUUGAGCAAGGGGAAGAUCGUUCAUCAACAUCUUCGUAG